AAUCUCAGUGUUAUGGGAAGCAAGUGCCUGCCCCUGCUCUCAGGUCUCAGUGUCCUGCUGGCUCUGUCAGGAUCGGAUGCAAAGAAUUCUGGAGCUUUCUGUCCUCAAUGCCCUGAAAAUGCCAGCUGCUACAACAGCACCCACUGUGCUUGUAAUGAUGGAUUUCAUUCCAAGUCUGGGUGGAGAUACUUCAUCAAGUCCUCUGAGGAAUGUGAAGAUAUUGAUGAGUGUAAGACUGGACUGGCAAAGUGCAAGCAGAUAUCAUACUGCAUAAAUAUAAUUGGAAGUUACUACUGCAGCUGUGUCCCAAAUUACCCUAUCUUCAACUGGUUGGCUGCUUUCACUAAAUGGAAUUAUUCAGACUGUUAUGAGAACUCCAGUAAGAAGACACCAUCGGUGGACAUGUGGGUGAUUAAGGUGAAGCCUAGGUUUGAGAAACAGCCAGAAAUUCUGAGGAAAAAUGGAAGCAAAGAGUACAUUGCAAAACAGGCUACCCGACUACUUCAAAGCAUGGAAUUAACCAUAUGGAAUGGGAGUUUUGCUUCUCCAGGAAAGCAUGAAAAUUCUACGUUUGAUGUGGUCUAUGAAACCAAGAUGUGCAAUGAGACAAGUGAGAAGACUCUUCUGGAAGCUGGAAAUAACACAAUGGAUAUCGACUGCGCUGAUGCUUUCAAAGGAACCACAAGAGAUAGGGGUGCAGUUGCGUUUAUCACUUAUCGAUCUCUUGGGGAUAUUCUGAAUGGAUCCUUUUUUAGUGAUAGAAGAGGGGCAAAGGAAGUGAAACUGAACUCUCGUAUCGUGAGUGGCACCAUUGGUGUGAAAGAAAAGGUUUCUCUGUCUGAACCUGUAUUCCUGACCUUCCAACAUACUCAGCCUGGUGGGGCAAGAACGAAAUAUUUCUGUGUCUACUGGAAAGGAUCGGAGGAGGGGGGCAGCUGGUCGACGGAGGGCUGCUCUCAUGCGGGCAGCAACGAUUCUUACACCAAAUGCAAGUGCUUCCACCUUUCCAGCUUUGCUGUGCUCAUGGCUCUUGCUCCCAAGGUGGAUCCUGUUCUGACUGUGAUCACUUAUGUAGGACUGAGCCUUUCUCUGCUGUGUCUCCUCCUGGCGGCCCUCACCUUCCUCUUCUGCCGAUCCAUCCAGAACACCAGCACCACCCUCCACCUGCAGCUCUCCAUCUGCCUCUUCCUGGCCCACCUCCUCUUCCUCACAGGCAUUGAUAAAACUGAGCCUGAGGUGCUGUGCUCCAUCAUCGCUGGAGUGUUGCACUAUCUCUACUUGGCCUCCUUCACCUGGAUGCUCCUUGAAGGGCUGCACCUCUUCCUCACCGUUAGGAAUCUCAAGGUGGCCAACUACACCAGUGCAGGCAGAUUCAAGAAGAGGUUCAUGUACCCUUUCGGCUAUGGGAUUCCAGCUCUGAUUGUGGCUGUGUCUGCAACAGUAGGACACAAAAAUUAUGGAACGUUUACUCACUGCUGGCUCAAGCUUGAUAAAGGGUUCAUCUGGAGCUUCAUGGGGCCAGUGGCAGUCAUUAUCUUGAUAAACUUGAUGCUCUACUUCCAAAUUCUGUGGAUUUUGAGAAGCAAACUUUCCUCCCUCAAUAAAGAAGUUUCCACCAUUCAAGAUACCAGAGUCAUGACAUUUAAAGCAAUCGCUCAGCUAUUUAUCCUGGGCUGUCCUUGGGGCCUUGGUUUUUUUAUGACUGAAGAAGUCGGGGAGACAAUCAGAUCAGUGGUUGCCUACGCAUUCAGCAUCAUCAAUGUCCUGCAGGGUUUCUUUCUCUUUGUGGUACACUGUCUCCUUAAUCGCCAGGUGCGAAUGGAAUACAGGAAAUGGUUUACUGGGAUGAGGAAAGGGGUUGAAAUUGAAAGCACUGAAGUGUCUCCCUCAACUACCCACACCAAAAUG